GUUGACUUUGAUCAGGAAACACGCACUUGCUUCUUGUAAGUUCUGCCGUAUACUCGUUCAUUUCAUUAUACGAAGAAAUGUAUAUUUCAUCUGCAGUUUUUUCUUCGAUUCUUGUUUUUCAAACAGUGGUGGUAGUGUGUUUCAAUAAAGAUGACUUGGAUAAAAUCGACAGCGUUCAUCAAGAGGUGCCUUGUUCUAGUCAAGGUGGAAUGUGUGUCAUAGCAUCAGAUUGUCCUGCCGGUCUUCUAAGUCAAAAAAGGGGUCUUUGUCCUUCACAGCAAAGCCAUAGCGUCGAAUGUUGUUUUGGAAGUUCCAUUAAGGAGACAAGGUGCAGAAAAUUAGGAGGAGAAUGCAAGCCAUUGUCGGACUCCUGUUAUAUGAUUCCUACAUAUCAACAUUCUACUGAUUGUCCUGAAAGUAGCAAAUGCUGUAUUUUGGUAUAGGAUAUAAUAAUUUUCGCCAUGCAACCUUGCCCUUCCAUCAAUGAUAAGAUUAUUCUGGCCAAUAAGCCUGAGAGCGUGCUGAUGAUAGAUCGAGUACAGAGUUAAGCUAAACACAUCGUCAUCACCCGCGUAUACAUGCCUACACCUGUUUCUAAAAUAUUGCAAAACUUGAGUUGAUAAUAAUUUUCGAUAUGACUGUGCUUGGAUACCAAAUUGUCGUAUUUAGUCUAGGUACGCAUUCUUAUAAUCACCAUCCUCCUUGCCAGGGCUAGACCCACGGCUUUCUGACAUCUAAUCCCAGUAGAUUCUUGUAUAAUAGUAUACAUUAAACAUUAUUUCUAUGCACUUUGACUAUUGACAUUGGUCUGACCUAUACUUCGUAUUAUUUAGUUGUCGCAUAAGAGAGAACGUAAAGCACGAAGCAUCAGGUCUUUUAUAUGAGAUAUUUUUUGCCACAACUGUCACAAUUUCUUAAACAGAUAUUAAAAAAAAAAUACUAUUGUUUUUCUACACUAAAAUUAUAAAAGUGUUUUUCAUAUUUAUGUAUAAAUAAUACUUACAAUAAUACAUUUAAUUAUAAAGUAAUUA